AUGAUUGAAGAAAAAAUAGAAAUUAAUAAAAUCCCAGCAGAAACCGAAUAUUAUGAUGUUAUGGGUGGCUCACAUAGAUGGGAAGUCAAAGUACAUGACCACGGUUCAGUUGCAUUAGUUGACUCUAUGCCAAGAUUAGCUCCAGUUGGUCAAACUGCUGAUUUUGCUAUUUGCCAAGCUGCCAGAGUAUCAUAUGGUGCCGGUACUAAAAAAGUUUCAGAAGAUAAAGGCUUAAUUCGUUAUUUAUACAGACACCAACAUACUUCACCAUUUGAAAUGGUAGAAUUUAAAUUUCACUGUGUAAUGCCAGUAUUUAUUGCACGUCAAUGGAUUAGACAUAGAACUGCCAAUGUUAACGAAUAUAGUGCUCGUUAUUCAGUAAUGCCAGAUAAAUUCUAUCAUCCAUCUGCCGAAGAUGUAAGAAAACAAUCUGUUUCAAAUAGACAAGGUGGUGAAGAACAAUUAGAAGCCAAAACUGCCCAAGAGUUCUUAGACUAUUUGGAUAAAGUUGAAGAAAACUAUAAAACCUACAACAAUCUCUUAGAAAAAGGCUUAUCACGUGAACUAGGUCGUAUUGGUCUCCCAGUCAGCAUUUACACCGAAUGGUAUUGGAAAAUCGAUUUACACAAUCUUUUCCAUUUCCUUAGACUUCGUAUGGAUAGCCAUUCACAAAAAGAAAUUAGAGACUAUGCAAAUACUAUUUUUGCUCUAAUCAAACCAAUUGUUCCAGUUGCUUGUGAAGCUUUUAUGGACUAUGCCUUUGAAAGUAUUAAAUUAACACGUUUAGAAAUCGAAGCUAUUCGUUCUGGUAAACCAAUCAAUACUACAAAUAAAAGAGAAACUGAGGAAUGGGAACAAAAGAAACAAUUAUUAGGUUUGGAUAAAACCUCACAAGCAUAA